UCUCUUAUCAGAACAGAAGCAGCUGCAAAACAUGUUGCCUCUGCUUUACUCUUCCGUUACAUUCUUUUUACUGCACAUAAUCAUUUCUUUAUUUCAUUUUUAAUAAUUGUUCUGUUUACAGGCCUCAGUCCUCACUGUCCCUUAACCUUCUUUAAUGGCGCUGUAGGGUUCCCAGCUUCUCCGCUUCUUCUCCCUCUCUUUCUUUCUACCGCCCCUUCCGCCGGGAAUCCCUGCCUGGAAAUCUAGGUUCCAGGGAAAACAAAAUAUUGGUAUUUUUUCUUUUUGGGUUUCUGUAAUCUGUGAUCUCUGUUGUUUCGGUUCAAAUUGGACUUAAUUUUAUGCUUUUCUCUCUCAUUUACUCUUCGUUUUGCAAUUCAUGUGAGUUUGGUGUUUUGGUAUUUCUUGGAGAUCAAAGCUUUACCCUUUUUUUUAUCUGUUACUGUGAGUAUAUAUAGUUUUACCCUUUUUUGGGUUAGAAAAUACAAGCUUCAAACUUCAAAUACAGAGAAAACGAAGAGGAAAGUUGUUCAUUCUUGUCCCCAGACAGCUAAAGUGCAUUGUCUUAACAACCUCGUCAUAUCAUUAUUAUCAUCAUCAAGUAUAGCUUCCAUUUCAAUAAGCAUUUGAAGCUUCAUUGAGGUUCUUAGUGGCUACCUGCUUUCCAUUUCUCUGUUUUCUGUACACUAUUUGUUUGUACGUGUGUUGUGUUUAUAUAUCAGCUGAUUUUCCUGGAAUUCCUUUCAUUUCAUGGCGGACUGACAUUUUUAACAACCGAGAAAUCGACUGAAAAAUGCUACACCGUCUACUCUUUUGUCUUCUUUUAGCUCCAUUUCUGGUUGUGUUGGUUCAGUCUCUUGAUCCGACUCUAAACGAUGACGUAUUGGGACUGAUCGUGUUCAAGGCCGGUCUACGAGACCCAGAAGCGAAGCUGCAGUCAUGGACGGAGGACGAUUACAGUCCAUGCGGUUGGGAUGGUGUCACAUGCGACCAGAGAACCAACCGGGUCACCCACCUCAGCCUUAACGGUUUAUCGCUCUCGGGUCAUAUAGGCCGCGGCCUCUUGCGGUUGCAGUUCCUUCAAGUUCUGUCGUUAUCGAACAACAACUUCUCCGGCAGCAUAAGCCCUGAUCUUGCUCACCUGUGGAGCUUGCAGGUUAUUGAUUUGAGUGAGAACAGUCUUUCCGGGUCGAUCCCAGAUGAGCUCUUUCAACAAUGUGGGUCGUUGAGAUCGGUUUCGUUUGCCAGGAACAAUCUGACAGGGCAAAUCCCUGUUUCUUUGACCUCAUGCUCUUCACUUCAAGCUGUUAACUUCUCCUAUAAUCAGAUUUCUGGGCAGAUAUACUCUGCUUUGUGGUAUGUGAGGGGCAUUGAGGCCAUUGAUCUUUCAAAUAAUUUGCUUGAUGGGGAGAUUCCUGAAGGAAUUGGAAGUUUAUACAAUUUGAGAGUGAUCAAUUUGGGGAAGAACAGAUUGUCUGGACGGAUUCCAUGGGAUAUUGGAGGUUGCUUUCUAUUGGAAUCCCUUGAUUUUAGUGAAAAUUAUUUGUCUGGAGGUCUUCCAGAGUCGAUGCAGAGUCUUGGUUCCUGCAGUUCACUGAUUUUACGGGGGAAUUCAUUGACUGGAGAUAUUCCACAUUGGAUUGGAGAACUGACAACUAUUGAGACCUUGGACUUUUCUGCAAAUAGGUUCUCUGGUUGGAUUCCGGAAUCAUUAGGGAGUCUAACAGUGUUGAAGGAACUGAAUUUGUCUAUGAAUCGCUUGACUGGAGAGUUGCCUGAGUCGACGAAAAACUGUUUCAACCUUUUGGUUAUUGAUGUCAGCCAGAAUGGAUUGUCUGGUGAUCUUCCUUCAUGGAUUUUUGGGAGGGGAUUACAGAAUGUAGUGCUUUCUGAGAACGGGAUGAGUACGGCGGCUUUUAAUCAAGGUCUUCGUGUGUUAGAUUUAUCUUCUAAUGCAUUUUCUGGCGAAAUAGCAAGUACCAUUGGAUUUCUUGGUAGUUUGCUGUCUUUAAAUUUGUCCAAAAACCAACUUCUUGGUUCCAUUCCGACGAGCAUUGGCAAGUUGAAAUCAACUAAUGUUCUUGAUUUGAGUGACAAUAGGCUAAAUGGAAGCAUUCCUUCUGAAAUUGGAGGAGCUGUUUCACUCAAGGAGUUGAUCCUGGAGAAGAACUUCCUAAGCGGAAAAAUUCCAACCCAACUCAAGAAUUGCUCGUCUCUUACCACUUUGAUUCUGUCUCAGAACAAACUCACCGGUCCUGUCCCGUCUGCAAUUGCAAACCUAAGCAACCUUCAGUUUGUUGAUUUUUCUUUUAACAACCUAACUGGAAGCUUACCCAAGGAGCUGACAAAUCUUUCACACCUAUCGUUGUUCAAUGUCUCCCAUAACCACCUUCAAGGUGAGUUGCCGCUUGGGGGAUACUUCAACACAAUAUCCCCCUCAUCUGUCUCUGGCAAUCCAUCUUUGUGUGGCUCGGUUGUGAGGCGUCCGUGCCCCUCAGUUCACCCAAAGCCCAUUGUCCUCAACCCUAACUCCUCUGAUUCGUCCAAUGGCAGUUCUUCCUCAUUCAAUCACAGGCGUCGGAAGAUAGUUCUUAGUAUCUCUGUUCUUAUUGCCAUUGGGGCUGCUGCUUUCAUUGCUGUUGGUGUAGUGGUUGUUACUGUUCUCAAUAUUCGUGUUCGGUCAUCAAUGUCACGUUCUGCUACUGCACUCGCAUUAUCUAAUGGGGACGAUUUCAGUUGUUCCCCGACUAAUGAUCCAAACUAUGGAAAGCUUGUCAUGUUUACUGGUGAUGCUGAGUUUGUUGCUGGAGAUCAUGCACUGCUCAACAAGGACUGUGAACUUGGUCGUGGUGGGUUUGGGAUUGUUUACAGGACAAUUCUUCGAGAUGGGCGUUCAGUUGCCAUCAAGAAGCUGACAGUUUCCAGUUUGAUCAAGUCUCAAGAAGAUUUUGAGAGGGUAGUGAAACAUCUUGGAAAGAUCAGGCACCACAAUCUCGUAGGACUCGAAGGCUAUUAUUGGACUCCAUCCUUGCAACUCCUCAUCUAUGAAUAUAUAUCCAGUGGGAGUUUGUAUAGGCAUCUCCAUGACGGACCUGGCAGGAACUGCCUGACUUGGCGCCAGAGGUUCCGCAUAAUUCUUGGGAUGGCAAAAGGUUUGGCGCAUUUACAUCAGUUGAACUUAAUUCACUACAAUUUGAAAUCAACCAAUGUCCUCGUAGAUGAUACUGGUGAGGUCAAAGUGGCAGACUUUGGCCUGGUGAAGCUGUUGCCAAUGCUGGACCGUUGUAUUUUGAGCAGCAAAAUCCAGAGUGCACUUGGUUACAUGGCUCCUGAGUUUGCUUGUCAAACAGUGAAGAUAACGGAGAAAUGUGACGUGUAUGGGUUUGGGGUCUUGGUUUUGGAAGUGGUUACCGGGAAGAGGCCUGUGGAAUACAUGGAAGAUGACGUGGUGGUUCUUUGCGACGUGGUAAGGAGAGCACUGGAGGAUGGCAGGUUGGAGGAAUGUGUAGAUGAGCGGCUUCGGAGUAAUUUUCCAGCAGAUGAGGCGAUUCCAGUGAUAAAGUUAGGUCUGAUAUGUGCAUCACAAGUUCCAUCAAAUCGACCUGACAUGGAAGAGGUUGUUAACAUCUUAGAGCUGAUCCAGUGCCCGUCAGAAGAUCAAGAGGAGUUGGAGUAGAUUGAACGUCUCAUUUUCAAGAAAAACAAAGAAGAGAAGUGUCCAUCUGGGGAAGAAGAAUCCGGGUUUUUUUUUUUCCAAAUUACAGAAGAAAAUAAUAUAUUGUUUGAAUGUCCAUUUCUUUUUCUUUCCUGCUUUUUUUUUGGUUAUUGUUCUGUGUUGUUUCUGUUUUCCUUGUUUCUCUUACCGGAUUCCUUUUCACCGGGUGGACUUGGUGCAUUGGUACUAAUCUUCAUAGUCUAUCUACUCCAUAGACAACACUGAAUCUCUCUUUUGUUUUGAUAUCA